GACUGGCUGGCGCGGAGCGGGCCGCGGGGCAUUGUGGGCCGCGGCGCUCGGGGUCGGCUGGGCCAUGUCGGGCUCCCCGGUGAAGCGGCAGAGGAUGGAGAGCGCGCUGGACCAGCUCAAGCAGUUCACCACCGUGGUGGCCGACACGGGCGACUUCCACGCCAUCGACGAGUACAAGCCCCAGGAUGCCACCACCAACCCGUCCCUGAUCCUGGCUGCGGCGCAGAUGCCAGCCUACCAGGGGCUGGUGGAGGAGGCCAUCGCCUACGGCCGGAGGCUGGGCGGGUCACAAGAGGAACAGAUUACAAAUGCUAUGGAUAAACUUUUUGUGUUAUUUGGAGCGGAAAUAUUAAAGAAGAUUCCGGGCCGUGUGUCCACAGAAGUAGAUGCGCGGUUGUCCUUUGACAAGGACGCCAUGGUGGCCCGAGCCCGGCGUCUCAUCGAGCUCUACCAGGAAGCUGGGGUCAGCAAGGACAGGAUCCUCGUAAAGCUCUCAUCCACCUGGGAAGGAAUCCAGGCUGGAAAGGAGCUGGAGGAGCAGCAUGGCAUCCACUGCAACAUGACGCUGCUCUUCUCCUUCGCCCAGGCCGUGGCCUGUGCCGAGGCGGGGGUGACCCUCAUCUCCCCCUUUGUGGGCCGCAUCCUCGACUGGCACGUGGCCAACACAGACAAGAAAUCCUAUGAGCCCCUGGAGGACCCGGGGGUGAAGAGUGUCACCAAGAUCUACAACUACUACAAGAAGUUCGACUACAAGACCAUCGUCAUGGGCGCCUCCUUCCGCAACACCGGCGAGAUCAAAGCACUGGCCGGCUGCGACUUCCUCACCAUCUCGCCCAAGCUCCUGGGCGAGCUGCUCAAGGACAGCAGCAAGCUGGUGCCUGUGCUGUCGCCCAAGGCGGCACAGGCCAGCGACCUGGAGAAGAUCCACCUGGAUGAAAAGGCCUUCCGCUGGCUGCACAACGAGGACCAGAUGGCGGUGGAGAAGCUCUCGGACGGGAUCCGGAAGUUUGCUGCCGACGCCGUGAAGCUGGAGCAGAUGCUGGUGGGCCGCAUGUUCGGCACAGAAAACGGAAAAUAGGGCCAUGCCUGAGCCGGGCCACAGAUCUGGGCCAUCGGAAUCGGGGCCAGUUGCACAUGCCUUGUGAUGAAUUUUGCAUUUUUUACCAAUUGGGGCAGGGAUGGAUCAUGGAGUUAACAUAAAAUUUUGCCUAAUUCA